AUGGAUAAUGAUAGCACUGUGUCUGAGUUCAUUCUCCUGGGACUCCCCAUUCAAGCAGAGAACCAAGCUCUGUACUCUUCCCUGAUCCUGGUCAUGUACCUGACCACAGUGCUGGGGAACCUGCUCAUCAUCCUGCUCAUCAGGCUGGACUCUCACCUCCACACCCCCAUGUACUUCUUCCUCAGCCACUUGGCCUUCACUGACAUCUCUUUCUCAUCAGUCACAGUUCCAAAGAUGCUCGUGAAUAUGCUGACACACAGUCAGUCCAUCUCAUAUACUGGGUGUGUUUCCCAGGUAUAUUUUUUCAUAGUUUUUGGAAGCAUUGAUAGCUUUCUUCUAACCUCAAUGGCCUAUGACAGGUAUGUGGCCAUCUGCCAUCCUCUCCACUAUACCAUCAUCAUGAAUCUGAACCUCUGUGUUCUUCUAGUAGUAAUAUCCUGGGCCUUAUCUUCAGCCAAUGCCCUUGUACAAACCCUCCUCUUGGCCCACCUAUCUCACUUUAGAAGCAAUACCAUCCCCCACUAUUUCUGUGACCUCUCUACUUUGCUGAAGCUGUCCAGCUCAGACACUACCAUCAAUGAUCUUAUCAUCCUAGUUUUAGGUAAUAUGGUUAUUACCCUACCAUUCAUAUGCAUUCUGGUCUCUUAUGGAUACAUUGGAGUCACCAUUCUGAAAACUCCCUCCAUCAAGGGAAUCCGCAAAGCCUUUUCCACAUGUGGCUCUCACCUCUGUGUGGUUUCCUUGUAUUAUGGAGCCAUCAUUGGACUGUAUUGUGUCCCCUCAUCUAAUAACACUAGUGAGAAAAAUGCCAUUGUGGCUGUGAUGUACACUGUAGUCACACCGAUGCUGAAUCCCUUUAUCUACAGUCUGAGGAAUCGGGACAUGAAAGGAGCACUGAAAAAUAUCUUUGGCAGAACAAAAUGA